GAUAUACGAAAGCGACCGGCGCGUGUGUGAGCGCCUCCCUUAAACUCACGGGCUCAUAACACAAAACACAAGUUUGGAUAUUAUCUACGAUCCACGACUCUCAAAGGACAAAGUAUGGAGAUGUGAUUUGUGUUUUAAUCCAACCGGAAAUUGGACAUCUUUUGUAAGUACGGAGAAAGAAACGGACUUUCGGUGGCAUGCAGAAGAAUUAAGCAUUCGGUGGAUCUGAGCUUCUAGCCGGGAUCGCUUUGGAAUCCAGCCCGCAGUCUGAGGCCUACACUCCCGUAGCUGAUACAUGUUUGUGUUGAUCAGUUGACAUGAGGAGAUUAACUGGACCGAGUCAGGACGGUUUUGCUGCAGAUUGUUUGAGACAGGCCGUCCUCCAGCUUUGAAUCCCAGCAUGACUGAGGUGCAGGCCACAGUGGAGUUCUCCAUAGAGCUCCACAAGUUUUAUAAUGUGGAUCUGUUCCAGAGAGGGUUUUAUCAGAUCCGAGCCAGUAUGAAAGUACCACCACGGGUACCGCAGAGGGUGGAAGCCAGUCUGCUGCAUCCCACAGGUUCGGAUCUGGCGUUCCCAGCGUCGGUUCAAGAUGAUGUCCUCUGCAGCAAAACCUUCCAGAUCCUUUACAAAAAUGAGGAGAUUGUAGUCAACGACGUUCUCAUAUUCAAAGUGAUGAUGCUGCUAGACGCAAAAAAGGUGGAAGAGUCUUUAAAUGAAAUGGACUUUCAGCUGUCUUUGGACCUUUUCUUCACGGAUGGCGACUACACGCCCGAUGAACCCGGUUCUCUCCAAAGCAUUAGCAGCCGACCGCUACGCUUGCACUUUAGCCUUCACAGAGGCAUCCACCAGCAUGUCAAUGUCAUGUUCGACUACUUCCACCUGUCCGUCAUCUCGGCCACCGUCCACGCUUCACUGGUGGCUCUGCAUCAGCCUCUGAUCAGUUUCCCACGACCAGUAAAAAGCACCUGGCUAAAUCGUAACGCUCCGGCACAGAGCAAAGACUCUGUCAUCCCACUACUGGAGUCUGUGGUGUUCGGCAGCACCUACGUCAAACAGCUGUCACCAGACGGGAAGACCUUCAUGGUUUCAGAUCAGUGUCUACAGCACGCCUACACCCUGCACCAGAUCAUGUGUGCCAGUUUGCUGAGGGCAUAUCGGGGCCUGUUCUGUUACCUGACGUCCCUGACCAAGAACCUGCCGUCUUCCCAGCGAAUGGAGCUAGCCAAGCCCAGCAUGCAGGUCCUUUAUGAGCGAGUUCUCAGAAGACCUUACCCUUCAGGCAAAAGACACGUCUACAUAGAGGAACUUGAUGUGGAGGCACGACUUCAUGAUCUAUGUGAACAAGUCAAGCAGAAGGUGGAGAGCCCAGAUGAGCUGGCUGAACUAGUGAACAUGAACUUGGCCCAGCUCUGCUCUCUGCUCAUGGCAUUAUGGGGGAGUUUCCUGGAAGUGGUGUCUCUAAAUGAGCAUGUUUCUGUCCUGUUGGCCCAGGAGCAUCACACACUGCGGGUGCGAAGAUUUGCUGAAGCUUUCUUUUGCCUUGAGCACCCAAGACAGAGUGCACUGGCCUACCAGGAAAUGCACGCUCACAGUCACCAACAGAUGACCACAGCUAUCAAAAACUCGUCUUACUUUCUGUCCUUACCACCUCUUCCUGUUGAAUGUGCUGAUCUUGAUGGGGAUGUGAACUCCCUGCCAAUCAUCUUUGAGGAUCGAUAUUUAGAAUCCAUUACUGAAGAUCGUGAUGGUCCAUGGCUCGGUCUUCACCAGAACGCCAAAAGUGUCUCUGUAUCCACUAAAGCAGAUAAAUCCAAUUCAAAGGAGCACAUUGCUAGUGGGGUAGGAGCAUUAGGUUUGUACCCAGAUAAGCAGCAAGAUGGCCUUUCCACCUUAUGGCCUGAACAAAAUGAGCCGCCCCUCAAAUCCAAAGCCAAAUCCAUCAAAUUGAAGAAGAAUGCAAAGACCGAAAAUUCCAAGAAGUUGAUCAGGCAAAGCUCAAAAGACUCUGUGGUCCUCACAGCCUAUAAGAACUUGAAGCUUCCUCACAACGAACCAGUCACAAAGUCCAAAGGGAUCAACAUUCAAUGUAAUCAAAACGAUGAGGUAGACGAGGUAGACUUCACUCAGCCAUGCGUCCAUCAGAAUGAAACCGCAACGUCCCAUUUUUCAUUCAAUGCUAAAGACGGCACCACAAGCGAUGGCAAAGGAAACGUCAGUAUCCAGAAUGUUGGCUUUUCUAAUCUUUUGCAUAUGCAGGUGAAGCCCCAGGCGGGUACUGGAGCUGAAACCACACAGGGAGUUGAUUCGAGCCCUGCCGGGCUCAAACAUAUCGACGUCAAGCCGAGUGACAAGGACCCCUACCUGGGCGAUAAGGUCACUGUUCUUCUACCGCACCACACCGACCCAACCCCCAAGAGGGAUGUUCCAGAGAUCACACAGACCGAUUACUCCGAGUUCAAAAGUCGAGUUGGGGAUAGCGCCACGCCGGUCGGCCACUUCGGAGGAUGCGCAGCCGCACUGAGAAGCGAUUGUGUUCCUCAAGCCUCUUCCCGUCUCUCGGACUCUGGUAUCGAGAGCGAGCCCAGCUCCGCGACACAGCUUGGCCCGUUUUCUCCAUCUCCUUUUAGCUCCACCGGGCUUGAGCAGCCAAUAGGGCCGAUAGCACAGAGCGCCCACCAGAAACCUCCACUUAGCCCGGCCUCCAGAAGAACCAGCGCAUUGGAUGGGUUAAAUCCAGAGAGCACCAGUGGAGUGAGUGGGGUCCAGUCUUCCCUAACAUCUAUCAAUUCACUUCCCUCAGAUGAUGAGCUGGAGACAGAGACUGUUAGCAGGAAGUCCAGCAUCCUGGUCCAGGAACAGAGCCUCAUCUUCUCGGAAGAAUCUCACAGCGUCCAACUUUCCAGCACUAGGAGUUCGGCUCACCAGAGAGCCUCUAUUAGUCACGGAGAUGGGUUGGACUCUGCUCUUCAGUCCCACUGUGAAACCUCCGCUCCCACCCAGCAGAUGGGAUCUGCUGAAUCCGAUCUUCCUGGGGAAGGAGGUGUGGUGUGUAGUGAGCCUCAGACUGCUGCCCAGUCUAGUACGUCAGCCACAAGCAGCACAGAUCUGGUAAAGAAAGGCUUUGUGGAGAACUAUUUCGGCUCGCGCUCCAGCACCGACAUAUCUGAGAUAAGCCCUCUGGAGACUGCUGCCGUAACACUGGGGAUUCAGACUUGCCCCAAUGUUGAUGAUGAUGAUGAUGAUGAAGAAGAUGAGGAGCAGGAUCAUGAGAUGAUCGAGAACGGUUACUAUGAAGAGACGGACGGGCCGGUUUAUGUUAACGGGCUACCGGGGGAGGAAGACGGAUGCGGGGAAGGUGGUGCGGAGGGGAGGAACCACUUUUAUGAGCACUUAGGAUUGGAAGAGCUCCAGGAAACGUACGUCCCACCGCCUGGACCAACACCGACCAGUGAUGACCUGUGCUGGUACAAGAUCGCCUCUCAUGCUCAAAUAAAAGCGUUUGUGCAAGCAAAAGAGGAAUUAACUCAAUUGAAGUUGCCAGGCUUCCUGUACAGUGACAUGGCAGAUCUGGCUUCUACCGUCCCGUAUUUCAGCAUGGAUGAGGAUGAGAGCUGUGAUGAGGGAAUACACCUCAUAGUGUGUGUACACGGUCUGGAUGGCAACAGUGCAGAUCUGCGGCUGGUGAAGACGUACCUGGAGCUUGGUUUACCUGGUGCUCGCAUAGACUUCCUAAUGUCAGAACGCAACCAGAAUGACACAUUUGCUGAUUUCGAGUCGAUGACUGACAGACUUUUGGAUGAAAUAGUGCAGUACAUUCAAAUCUACAAUCUCACAGUUUCCAAGAUAAGUUUUGUGGGUCACUCUCUAGGAAAUCUGAUCGUCCGAUCGGUCCUGACAAGGCCCAGGUUUAAAUGUUAUCUCAGCAGACUGCACACGUUUCUCUCGCUGUCUGGACCUCAUCUUGGCACGCUGUACAACAGCUCAGCCCUUGUCAAUACUGGGUUGUGGUUUAUGCAGAAGUGGAAGAAGUCCGGCUCUCUCCUACAGCUGACCUGUCGUGACCAUUCGGAUCCCCGACAGACGUUCCUAUACAAGCUGAGCAAGAAAGCAGGCCUUCAGUUCUUUAAGAAUGUGGUGCUGGUGGGAUCUCUGCAGGAUCGAUAUGUCCCAUAUCACUCUGCUCGAAUAGAGAUGUGCAAAACGGCCGUAAAGGACAAACAGACUGGUCCAGUGUAUGCAGAGAUGAUAGAGAACCUUCUACUUCCUGUGCUUCAGAACAAAGACUGUAACCUGGUCCGUUAUGAUGUCAUCCAUGCGCUGCCCAACACAGCCAACUCUCUGAUUGGCCGGGCAGCUCACAUUGCCGUCCUUGACUCUGAAAUUUUCCUGGAAAAGUUCUUCCUGGUGGCAGGACUUAAGUUUUUUCAGUAGCCUCCAAGACCGGACGAAUCUAGAGUGAUACCUCACUGCAGAUGGACUGAUUCAAUGUUUUUUUUUUACGGUUUUAUGUAUGCAUGUGGAGGUAAAGAAAGAUAUAAUAUCAGUGUUAUUUUGUGUUUCAUUUUGUUUCUACUUAAACUGUUGUGACUGUGGAUCAUUUUUAUUUUUCUACUACAAUUUCUUUUUUUUUUUAAGAAUAAUUUUAAUGUUCUACUCAUCAUUAAGAAAAUCAAUCCUUAUACGUUAUUAUUUUCAGUGUUAUUUAUCUCAAACUUUAAUUUUUACAGUUUUCAUUUAACUCUUCAUAUUAAACUCUCUUAUGCUGAACUGGAAAUGUAGCUGCUAAAAUGAAUGAAAUAUUUAUUCAAGGUGGAGAUCUUCAUGGUGAAAGCACGUUCACUUGAACAAUCUGGCAUCCGAGUUGGCUUGCAUCUGAUGGGCAUACAUUUUUCUAUCAAAUCGCCAUUUGACUACACAUUUUCUACAAAAUCGUUUUUUUUUAAAACAACGUCAAAGGCUUCCUAAACAUGGACGAACAUGUGAUUGUAGCUGAAAUGGAGCAGCGUUAGACUGUGUUGGUUUUAUACGAUGUCUUUGCUGCCCAUUGCAUUGUCAUGCACAACAUUUAACCCGGCCUGGUGUUGGGUAAAGAACAUAAGCUUGGCAUGUUUGUGUGUUAAUUUAAUUACAGGGGAAUACUGGUAACUAAUGUACACGGGCUAGGUGUGGGUUAUACGGUUAGUCGAGUUUAAUCAGCACAAAAAUAAACUGUAAUCAGACCACAUGGUUAUGGGUAAGUAUUUAUGUUUGGUUUUCUGUGGAGGAAUUCAUUGAUGCUUGUGUGCAAAAACACUUUAAAAUAAAUAAAACAUUAAAUUUAUUUUGGUUUGUUAAAAUGGUUUUGUAUCAUGGAAACAUUUCAUGAAAUGUAUACGCAAUAAAUGUUUUUGUCAUCUCUUA